CACGCUCAUUCCCUCUGCAGUUUUGGAUAGGUUUAUUUUACGCUCAAGUUUACGCUCAUAAAAUAGGCAGUGCGUUUUCGGUUGGUGGAUGUGUCAGUAAGCGUCUUUGACGGGAGAAUUGGCGCAUCUCACGGAGCAGCCACCAGGACAAUCGGGUUAUGAACGAUUCGGCCUUUUUGCAAAAAUACCCUAUGUUUUCCCGUGGAGUGAUGCAAUCACCGUCGGUUGCAUGCAGGACAGCGAUGGGCCAUUGGUAGAUCAUACAGUUGUAUUAUUAUAAACGGGGACGCUCCUCCCGAAGCCAUAUUUGUUUUGUAUGCCAAACUGAGGCAGGGGGUGGAGAGUCGCUACAGAAACAUUGGGCUUUGGCCAAACAUCACCCUGUAUUAGUCCAUAAUUGACGUUUAGUCGUGGGUUUACGUUCCUUUUCGUGCAAAAUUUCCGAAUUGAGCGAAUUUUGCCAGAGAAAUGCAGCUUGCUUGAGGACACCCCCGAUAUCGGUUGGCUGCUGCUGCCAUGAUUGGCAGAAGUCUCCUCUCGAUCACUGCUUCGCGGGUUGGAGAAGAAGCAGAUUGAUUUGGACCUCGUCCCAGCUGCGGAACUGCCGAUGUCGGAUGUUAUUAUCAGGGGAGCCUGAUCCUGUAAAUAUUAGAAGCGCAAACAAAGAGUAAUUCUGGAAAAACUCAGGGAAAAUGUCUUCUCGUUCUGCGUUACCGUCUGGGAACGACAGGGGCACGGACCAUCAUGUGACCCUGGCUGCCAGCCGCUCAGACAAGGGAACCAGCCUGUCCAGCCGCUCGCUGGGUGCCCGCUGCAGGAACUCCAUGGCCUCCUGCUCUGACGAGACUCCGCACAUCGGCAACUACCGCCUGCUCAAGACCAUCGGCAAGGGCAACUUUGCCAAGGUCAAACUGGCGCGCCACAUCCUGACGGGCAAGGAGGUUGCAAUAAAAAUCAUUGACAAAACUCAGUUGAAUCCAACCAGCCUACAAAAGCUUUUUCGAGAGGUUCGGAUAAUGAAAGGUUUAAAUCACCCAAACAUAGUGCAGCUGUUCGAGGUGAUUGAGACUGAUAAGACCCUUUACCUAAUCAUGGAGUAUGCCAGUGGAGGUGAAGUGUUUGACUACCUCGUAUCUCAUGGUAGAAUGAAGGAGAUUGAAGCCAGAGCCAAAUUUCGACAGAUUGUGUCUGCUGUCCACUACUGCCACAUGAAGAACAUUGUCCACCGAGACUUGAAGGCCGAGAACCUCCUGCUGGACGCCAAUGCCAACAUCAAGAUCGCCGACUUCGGCUUCAGUAAUGAGUUCACGCUGGGCAACAAGCUGGACACGUUCUGUGGCUCCCCGCCCUACGCUGCCCCGGAACUGUUCCAGGGGAAGAAGUACGACGGGCCCGAGGUGGACGUCUGGAGCCUGGGAGUCAUACUAUACACGCUGGUGUCAGGGUCGCUGCCCUUCGAUGGGCAGAACCUCAAGGAGCUGCGUGAGCGCGUCCUGAGAGGGAAGUAUCGUGUGCCCUUCUACAUGUCCACCGACUGUGAGGGGAUCCUACGCCGGUUCCUGGUGCUCAAUCCCACCAAACGCUGCACCUUAGAUCAAGUCAUGAAGGACAAGUGGAUAAACGCAGGGUAUGAUGAGGAUUCCUUGAAGCCCCAUAUAGAGCCUGUUGAGGACUACAGUGAUGCCGCUCGCAUAGAGGUGAUGGUGGGGAUGGGCUUUACUCCCGAGGAGAUCAAGGACGCUCUGCUCAACCAGAAGUACAACGAGGUCACCGCUACCUACCUAUUGCUGGGCCUCAAGAAUGAGGAUGGUGGCGAGUCUCGUUCGGCCAGUACCCAGUCCCUGGCACGGGUCCGGCCCAGCCCCAUCACCAACGGGACCAACAAACACUCCUUGGCCACUGCAGGCUCCUCUUCCUCCUCUUCAUCCUCCUCACACAGCAAGACCCAGCGUAGCGCUUCCACCUAUCACAGGCAGCGGCGGCACAGUGACUUCUGCGGGCCCUCCAUGCCGGUCAUGCACCCCAAGAGAAGCCCCACCAGCACAGGUGACCGGGAGCUGCGGGAGGGGCGCAUGCCCCCGCGUAAGGCCAGCUGCAGCGUGAUGGGCAGUCGCUCGCUGCCACCCUCCAGUCCCAUGGUCAGCAGUGCCAAUAACCCCAACAAGUCAGAGAUCCCCGACCGCCGAAAGGAGAUGACUGCCACCACGGUGAGAAACAGUGAGAACAACAUCCCGGGAAGUGCCAUGACCCGGCGGAACACAUAUGUCUGCACGGACCGCUCCAGCACCGACAGACACUCACUGCUGCAGAAUGGCAAGGAGAACAGCUCCCUGUCCCACCGCCUGCCCCCCACAUCCCCCUCCACCCUGAGCAUCUCUGGGGCCGGGGCCUCCUCCUCCUCUAGCGAGCGCUGCCGUCUGACACGGGGCUCCACCAUUCGAAGCACCUUCCACGGGGGCCAGCUGAGAGACCGGGGCCCGCCCGUCUACUCGGCCCCGCCCACCUCCCCCACUCUGUCCCACCAUGAUGCAAGUCCCCUGCCGCACGCCCGCAGCCGUGCCACCUCCAACCUCUUCACCAAGCUCACCUCCAAACUCACACGCAGGGUCACAAAUGAACCUGAGGGAAUCUGCCGAUCUGCGGUCACAAGGUCAGUAUAUGUCACAAGUCGCCAUUUACCUGGGCAUCAAAAAGCGUCCGAGCCCCGGGCCGUCGGACGUGGCUGGGAUCUGAGGGGACCUGGGGGGCGGCGGGACCCGGCGGAGGUGGUGCUGGCUCUGCGGGAGGCGGCACGGGGUUGCGGCUGCCAGGUCCACCAUGCCGGCCCCUUUCUGCUCUCCUGCACCCACGGGGCGGCCGGUGGUCAAGUGGCCUUUGAGGCCGAGGUGUGCCACCUCUCCACAGGGGGCAGCGCCGCCAACAAUGAGUCUUCCAACGGGGUGCGAUACACGCGACUCUGGGGGGCACCGCUUGCUUUCCGGGACAUCGCCACGCAAAUCUCAAAGGACCUCGAACUCUGAAUAUAAUGGGGGUUGAGAAGGAUGGGAAGAGAAAUAGAUAAAGGGACUUGGGGCUGCAGAUAAAUACAUUUACUCCUGUCUCUUACGUGGCUAAAGACCUACCCCCCUCCACACCAGUCUCAACCUAACCACCCAAACCCCCCACGCCACACAGACUCAAGCAUCUCCUCCCCCCAACUUCAUCCACUGGAUCCGGACCAGAGAGAUAUCCAGCUUCAUAUUUUUUAUCGUUAACUCUAGCCAGAAUGACUAUUACUUUUAUGAUUGGUAUCAUUGUGGUUUUUAACCAUCACCACCUCCGAACCGACACUAUCGAAAACAUUCUCGAAAACAUUUCUUGUGUCUCGCCGUCUUUGAUUGUCUUCUGCGUGUCACUGUAUGUGUUUUUAGUCAUUCUUCUCCCAUUUGAACAUUAAUAUGGAUAAAGUGAUUAUCCAGUGGACAACAUGCACAAAUAGGGAGACAGUUAACUCAAUGAUUUGACAAGUGGCCUGAAAAGUUGCUCUGUCUUUCAUUGUGUGCAUGGUAUGGGCGGGAUUGAAUUAUCGGCAAUGACAGAGGAGUUGACAGACACUUUGAACCAGCCAAUGGUGACCUUCACAUCCAUUUUCCGCUUACAAUAUCAUCAAUAGAAUAAAGUAGCAGAUGGGGAUGUUUUCUCGGACACACCAUGAAUCUAUCUCAGUAAGUCUUAUAGCACAUGACAAAUAUAAACUGGACAGAUAUAGGUUUCAGUUCUGUAGUAUUGUACAACCCACACCGUAAUAAGCUGUUUUGUUAAUGUAUAAGAUCAGGUAGUAUACACUUUGGUACACAUCAUGCUCCAUCAGCGGCAAUAUGAAAACGUAAUCUAUGUAGAUCAAAACUGUGGUUCAUAGUGCUAUUUUUUCACCUUCAUACCUCUUUAGCUACCUGUUAGCUACCUGUACAUUUGGUUUCCUGCACACACCCUUCCAAAGUAAUUCCAUUGGCACAUUCCUUUUCCUGAGAAACUAUUUUAACCCUCUGAUUGGCUGGGAUCAAUGUCUGUGUUGGAACUGGUCAUUACCAAUAAUCAUAUCAAGCUGUUUUGAAGCAUUUCAUCCCAUACUUCUCACGAUAUGAUCUAUCCCUUUUACCUUUCUUCAGCAAAGUUGAAUUCAAGUAAAGAAAGAGUUACACAGUUCCUCUGCAUAAAAUAGCCUAACUCAAUGUAUUAUGGCUGAAAGGGUGGCUGGAAAGGAAGAAAAUCCAACCGCGGUUCACUGCAGAACAUUGCACCCUUGAAUGCCACAUGGCUUUGCCAAAAUGAAAAGCUGUCAGACAUACUAGUGAACCAAAUUUGUAACAGACAAUGUUUGAAGUACAUGAUUAUUUAAGUAUUUGAAAUAUUUUAUUUCUGUGUAUUUGAGUAAGUCGUAUAUGUAUAUAUGUAUAUGUAUAUGUAUAUAUGUAUAUGUAUAUAUAUGUAUAUAUAUAUAUGUGUGUAUAUAUACAUAUAUACAUAUAUGUAUAUAUACAUAUAUAUAUAUAUAUAGAUAUAUAUAUAGAUAUAUAAAUGUCAUAUUGCUUUCAGUGCAAUGCGAUGCAAUGCAAUUUCGUUUGAUUUCUAUUACGUGCCAUGCCGAUUUAUCUUCAGCCAUCUCACUACAUUGAAGGUGAACAUCAAAAUCUGUUUUUUUCUGAGGCAACUGAAACCACCCAAUCCCAUUUCCACUGUUACACACACUGGUGCCUCUACUCUGACACCCUUCAGCAUUUUGACAUUGGUGAACUUCAGAUCAAACUGGUUUUGUCUACUGCUGAUGACUAUCCCACAUGACAAAAUGCUACAGUUUACUAUAUAAUACUAUAGUACUUACUAUAGAAUUAUGUAGUUAACUGUAGUAUAGUGUAGAAUACUAUACUCCACUGUAGUAUCCCUCGAUCAUGUGUAGCACUUACUAUAUAAUUUUGUAGUAUACUGUAGAAUGCUAUACUACACACUGUAGUAUCCCUCGAUCGUGUAGUUCUUACUAUAUAAUCUUGUAGUAUAUUGUAGAAUACAAUACUCCACACUGUAGUAUCCAUUGAUCGUGUGUAGUACUUACUUUAGAAUAUUGUAGUGUUCUGUAGAAUGCUAUACUCCAUACUGUAGUAUCCCUCGAUCGUGUAGUGCUUACUAUAGCAUUUUGUAGAAUACUUAACUCCACAUUGUAGUAUCCAUUGAUCAUGUGUAGUACUAUAGCAUGUUGUAGUAUACUGUAGAAUACUAUAGUAAAUACUACAGUAAUUUCCUCAAAAUACUACAGUACCCGCAAAAAACACUACAGUGUUCUAACUAUAGUAAUUCUACAAUAUUAAUUUGCAUAUACCUCACCCAUUCCCAUACCCCGUACCCCAAUUUGUGCCACCCAUGAAUGAGAAACCUACAUGCCAAGUAUAGACCAUAUAUUGUGUUCCCUACAGGUUAUAGAAAAGAGCAGAAGCUCUAAAGUAUCCGUUCAGACUCCAUUCCUACCUACCUACAGGUUAUGGAAAAUUUGCUCUUUUAGUGUUUGUCCUGUUGGUUUCCUUCAGUGCGGCAAGUUGCCUAGCAGUUAGAGCGUUGGGCCAGUAAUCGAAAAGUUGCUGGUUUGAAUGCAUGAGCUGACAAAGUGAAAAAUCUGUGCAAUGUGCCCUUGAGCGAGGUACUUAACCCUAAUUUGCUAAAGGGGUGCCAUACUACUAUGGCUGACGCUGUAAAACAACACAUUUCACUGCACCUAUCCGGUAUAUGUAACAAUAGUAAACUCUAUAGUAAACUGUAAAUCAUGUCUGCAAAAACACUACAGUAUAUACUACAGUACACUACAGUCAUGUCCGCAAAAACACUACAGUAUAUACUACAGUACACUACAGUCAUGUCUGCAAAAACACUACAGUAUAUACUACAGUACACUACAGUCAUGUCUGCAAAAACACUACAGUAUAUACUACAGUACACUACAGUCAUGUCUGCAAAAACACUACAAUAUAUACUACAGUACACUACAGUCAUGUCUGCAAAAACACUACAGUAUACACUACAGUACACUACAGUCAUGUCUGCAAAAACACUACAGUACACUACAGUCAUGUCUGCAAAAACACUACAGUAUAUACUACAGUACACAACAGUCAUGUCUGCAAAAACACUACAGUUGAAUACUAUAGUAAAAUCUGCAAAACGCUACAGUGAAUACUAUAGUAUAUAAAUAUAGUAAUACUACAGUAUUUUUACCAUAGUAUAUUAAUGUAUUUUUUUCAUGUGGGGUCGGCUACUGUGGGUUGUAGGGGAAGUGCAUAGACACGCAGAGGAGUCAUUUAGAGAGACAGAGAGAGACAUAAAGACAAUGUGACUGGGAUGCUGUGUUUUCCCUGUUGCCCCUCUUACAGUAAGCCUACAUACAGUAAAAGUACAAUGUUGGAAAAUAAGAACCUCAAAAAGGCUUCCUCACCCUCCUCCUGAUUAGAAUGAAGGAUGUACUGUGAUGUUCAUGUAGGCUACAGGGACCAAGAUGUCUGCCUGGUUAUUUACUGUUAACGCUCUCGGCUUCCUCACCCUCCUCCUGAUUAGAAUGAAGGAUGUACUGUGAUGUUCAUGUAGGCUACAGGCACCAAGAUGUCUGCCUGGUUAUUUACUGUUAACGCUCUCGGCUUCCUCACCCUCCUCCUGAUUAGAAUGAAGGAUGUACUGUGAUGUUCAUGUAGGCUACAGGGACCAAGAUGUCUGCCUGGUUAUUUACUGUUAACGCUCUCGGCUUCCUCACCCUCCUCCUGAUUAGAAUGAAGGAUGUACUGUGAUGUUCAUGUAGGCUACAGGGACCAAGAUGUCUGCCUGGUUAUUUACUGUUAACGCUCUCGGUCUCAGUUUUGGCUUUUUGCUCAUGGUGAUUUAACCAGUCAGACCAACGUGAUCAUGUAGGGUUUGAUCUUCAUCACAAGUGUUUUUGCUGUCUGUAUGUCAGUUUGUUUUUGCAAUCCUCCUCCUGUCGUUUUAUUUUUUCAAAAACACUCACAACUGUCAUCUGCUUCACAGACACGUUGUUGAAUCAUCUCUUCUGAAUCUCCUUGUGCUGUUUUGUCUGCCCCAUGACAGGAUCCCCUAUAUAGGAGAACAAUACUAGUCCACUACAUUUCACUGCCCUUUACAGUACAGACAGACACACUUAUUGACCUGAAGAGGGUCAGUCCUAUGUCCUAUAACAUUGUGGUGUAUAUUAGCAUUAGGUAAUAUAGACCUCAAUGCACUUUGCUUUGACUUGAAUCAGCUCCUUCCAGUGGACCCUAGGGCCAUGCCCAUAAUGAGCCACUGGAUGGCGCCAAUGUCUUAAAUGUGAACACUUCAAUUUGUGGAUAUUUGCACAGGUACUUUUAUUUAUUUUUUAGAUGAAUAUCGUAAUAAAAAAAACUGGAUUUAUAUCAGCCAGUUACCGGCUGAAUAUAAAAUAUAUGAAUAUAGUA